GAUACCCGCCCCCCUCCCUCCUCCCCCCCUGUCAACAACCAUGGGUGUCUUCUGUUUGCCAUUCAUCGAUGUUGCCGUAUCUGUGCUACUCGUGAUAUGGCUGGCGGCUCCAUCAUCAUCAUCAUCAUCAUCAUCAUCAUCAUUAUCAUUGUCAUCUCGGCCAGGUGCACUUUCCCCUCAGAGUCCGCCGUCGCCAUCGUCAAGGAGGGUAAAGCGAGGAGAUGCAUACUCAGCUGGCGAUGGCCGACCAUCGCUUGCCUUCGAGCGGGGGAAGCUUCUGAGGGAGGAAGCUUCUGAGGGAGGAAGCUCUGUUCGGCAACCUGAGGAUCCUGAACACGACAAUUUUAUCUGGCAGUAGCGAGUUGAUUGCAGAGAAUGCGAUACUACCUAAGCCUCCCACUAAUGAACAGCAUGUUUGGGCCAUGGCUUUGUCGCCGCCGCCGGAUCACUCUCUCUUCUUCAUCAUGAGCGACCGCAUCUACAAGCUCCCACUUGACGUGGGGCCCGGCCGGACAAACGUCACGGCUAUCGCUGGGCCGUGGAUUAAUGCAGACAAAAGAAGCGUGGUAACAGGGAUGGCGAUGGAGGAUCUCGGAUUGGCAGAGUCGGGAUCCCGACAGAGCAGCAGCAGCAGCAACUCGUCGAGAGGGAGCGUUCUCCACGUGUCGGACUGCAGCAACUUCACGCUUCGAGCCUUGGCGGCGGACGGCACCGAGCUCUUUUCUCGGAAUUACAGAGGAGUACUUUUCGGGGACCAGCAGGGACUGAGCGGACCGUACGUUCCGUACUGUUUCCAGACGUUGGCUGUGGACAACGCCCGCCGUGUGCUCUACGCCUCGUCGAUUUACGCCAUCUACAGGAUGAACUUGACUUCGGACAGUCUAAGUUAUCCGCGGGUAGAGCAUUGGAUUGGGCCCCAGCUCAAAGGGGAGGGAUUCAGGGACAGCCAGGACCCUCUCGAUGUGCUUUUCAAUCGGGCCUACAUUAGCUCGCACGCCAUCUCUGAAGACGGCCAACUCAUCUAUGUUGCUGACAGGGACAACCACUGCAUUCGGCGGAUCCGCGCCGCCACGCGAGCGGUGGACACCGUUGCGGGAAGAAACGGUACCAGCGGCUGGAACGACGGCCCGGCGGUGUCUGCGAGUCUCAAUAGUCCCGUGGGCCUGGCUCUCACACGCGACGGCUGCAACCUUUUCGUUGCCGAGUUCCGCGGCAGAAACGACUCGGUAUCGGGAAAGUACGUUGGGCUGCUCAGACUGAUUCACCUGAGCAGCGCGGGAGACGCAGUAGCCGUGAUGACCGUUGCCAGCUUGCAAUCUUCAUCGUCAGAUCAUAUCUUGCUCUCACUCGCACUCUCUCGUGACGAAGACAGACUGUACAUAGGGAGGGGCGACAUGCAGAUCAUGGAGGUCAACGUCAAAAGGGCGGCCUUGUUCUCCUGCCGGGCUCCUGUCGUCAAGUUGAACCCGGAUCGUUCUCAAGUUACUGUCGUAAUUGUUACCACAGUAACUGUGACGGUGGCACUGCUGUUGCUUGUGGGAGCAUUGAUAGUCAUUCGACGCCGAAGAGACCGCCGACGAAGGGUGAGAUUCUCCGGGGAUGCCAUGAGGAAAUCGCUGAAGGCCACGUCAACGGAGAUGACGUCAUCGGGGACCGGGGACAGCCAUAGUGGCGCGGCGGGAGGCCAGCCGGGGGUGCUCGUGAGGCCGUCGUCCGUUUUGAAGCAGUACACCUGGGAAGAGCUGGCCAAAGCGUGCGACGGCUUCAGCCCGUCACGGCUUGUCGGCAAAGGCGGAGCAGCGGAGGUCUACAGGGGGGAGAUUGCGGGCGGGCAGAAGGUAGCCAUCAAAAUGAUGAAAGGCGCCGAGUUCUCGGAGACCAGGUUCCGCCAGUUCCAAGCGGAGCUGGAUGUGCUUGCCACGCUCCGUCACAUGCACCUCUGCAGCAUCAUCGGGUACGCCGCKCAYCAGUCCAGGUCGUUCAUCGUCUACCCCUUUGUGGAGGGCGGUACCCUCUAUGACUGUCUGCACGGGGCACCGCCCGAACCCAACCCGGGGGAUGGGGACGCGMGGCCGGAGCGUGGGCCCUUGAGCUGGAAGGCGCGCCUCUCSAUCGCGCGGCAGGUUGCCAAGGCCCYGCGGYACCUGCACGAGGAGGUGGACCCCCCCGUCAUCCACAGAGAUGUCAAGAGCAAAAAYGUGSUGCUUGWWUAUGGUGGCCAUGGAGAUUCCGCGAAGAUACGGGCAUACCUCUCGGACUUCGGGCUGGCAAAGCUCGGGCAGAGCGCUUUCAGCAGCAGCACCCCGCCGCUGCUCGCAGGUGCACAGCCGCCCCCUGGGAACAUGACCAACAUUGACCUUGUGACCUUCGACACUACAGAGUACACAGUGACACGGUCCGGGGACACAAUCCACACGCUCAAUGUUGCGGGCACAAGGGGCUACAUGGCGCCAGAGUACAUGAGAUCUUGCUGGCUGACCUACAAGAAUGAUGUGUACACGUUUGGGGUGAUCUUGCUGGAGCUCGUCACCGGGAGGAAGGCAUUUGGACGGAUGGAUGUUUUGCCCGGGCAACAGCAAGACGCCAGGAAUGGGACAGAAGGGAUACCGGAGACUCUGACAUUCUGGGCGAAGAGAACGCUUCGGAGCCUGGAGUGUCUCUCGUCCUCUGACGAAGAAGAGGGUAGCAGAACAUACAGAGGGACAGGAGUGGCGCCUACUGCGUCUUCGAGCAGGAAGAGGGCGUAUUCCAUGAAGAUUGAGGGAGUGCAAGAGCUUGCAGACCCUCAGCUAGAAAGCCUUUGCAUGGCCCGUACUAGGACAUCCUUGAGAUCGAAGGCCAGCACGAAAAGGGCGUAUUCCACGAAGAUGAACGGAGUGCAAGAGCUUGCAGACCCUCAGCUGGAAAGCAUCGGCGGGUACGACCGGAGAGGUAUGGCCGCCAUGCUGAAGUUGGCAAUGGAGUGCGUGAGCACGAACCCCAAACGGAGACCUAAUAUGGGGGAGGUCCUGGAGAGGUUGGGCCGAGCGGAGCGGUGACAUCCAGCGCAGAUAAGUGGUUGGUGGCUAGCUGGAUAUCCUGUUUGAUCUGCCAUGGUGGCCUUUGCGAUAACCAACAAUCUAUAGGAGCCAACUGCUGAGAUGCUGGCUCGGAGGAAGAGUGUGGGGCUGGAGAGGGGAAAGGUUGUUCUACUCUCUUAUAAAGUCGACGCCACCUCACACCAGUAAGGCAAACUGGGAAUAGUGUCCUGUCGUCUACCUCGGUAGGUCUCAUGCCUGAGUAGCUGCACCAAAUAGGUGCUUGGUUCUAAUCCUGUUGCCGUCAUUUUCGGCCUCAGGAGGAUGGCCAAGUCCAGUCAACAACGCUGGUAGCUUGUUGGGGUGAGUUGUGCUGCCCUGUGACCGUGGCAAUCCAGGAGCAUCAAGCAAGGUGGAAGUGGCUGCUCAGGUCCUUCUGCAGGCGGCCCGGUCAGGUUGAAUUCUCAGUCAGAAUCAUCAUAGCUGAAAUUCAUGGCUCUAUUACGAUGCCUACAAGGUUUGAGACCCCCAAUUUCAGGAUAUUUCAAGGCGCCUACUAAGCAAAGUCUGCCAAACUG